AUGGUGAAGACACUGCAAUUUCAGGACAUCCAAGUUCCGUCUCCCGGAUUCGGUGCUAUGGGCCUCAGUUUCGGAUUGGGAACCAACUUGAGCCUCGAGGAGGCCGAACCAGUACUUCUGAAGGCGAUCGAGCUUGGAUGCACCUUCUGGGACACAGCGGUUGUUUACCAAGCAGGUGUCAACGAGAAGCUUUUAGGCGAAUUCAUUCGCAAACACAACGUGCGUGACAAGGUGUUCAUUGCUUCCAAGUGCGGAUUCGAUUGUUUCGGUGGUGGUGGCGUCACAAACUCUGCCUCGCAUAUCAAGCAGUACAUUGAAGGCACUAUUGAGCGACUUGGCUUUGCGCCAGACCUGUACUAUCUGCACAGAAUCGAUCCCAAAACCCCAUUGGAAGAAUCAAUUCCAGCCCUUGAUGAAAUCCGCAAGGCUGGCAAGACCAAGUAUAUCGGUCUUUCCGAAUGCUCUGCCGCUACAUUACGCAAAGCCAGCUCCAUCGCCAAGAUUGACGCCGUUCAGGCAGAAUACUCUGCGUUUGAGACUCUGCACGAAACAGACGGCUUGAUCGACACUGCUAAGGAGUUGGGCGUAGCUUAUGUUGCUUAUAGCCCCCUGGGUCACGGCUGGCUCGUGGACGAUUUCCCAUACCAGUCACCCGACGACUUUGCGCCAGAUGAUUUCAGACGAACUGUCCCCAAGUUCCAAGGCGAGAACUUCUACAAGAACAAGGCCAUUGUCGAAGAAAUCAAGAAGUUGGCUUCUCGCAAGGGAUGCUCCGUCUCGCAAAUUGCACUUGCGUGGGUCGCUGCUCAGGGAAUGAUCGCCAUCCCCGGUACGACUAAGGCGCACCGCUUGGAAAAUAACUGGGGGUCAAGGGACGUCGAACUAACGAAUGAAGAGAAGGAGGAUAUGAGGCGGAUUAUUGAUGCUGCCAAGCCGCAUGGUAACAGAUAUUCCGAAACUCACCAGGCGAUGGUGGGCCAUUAG